AUGACGUUAAAAGCCUGCGCCCUGUCGCUGUUGCCUUCGUUAAAUCGCGUCGAGAUCCCGACAUUAGCAAACCAGUCUGCAGCUUCGUUGCCCCCUCUGAGUGUAAAGUCACUGACAGAAGUGAUGGCAGAUUAUACUGAAGGCACGAGUUGGGAUGAUAAUGACCCGUCUGUCUUCGAAAUGAACACUGUUGGAGGCUUGCAAGUUGAAUACCAAAUAACAAUUGGCUAUGGCCCAAGUACUGCCGGAAAACUCUUACAGGAAAUAUGGUCUGAAGAGAAGAAUCAUGAAACCCUCGCCACCGAAGACGCCACGUCGAGCCGCCGUUCACCGCCUUGCCGCACCAUCGCCCGCGAGCGCUGCUCGAGCACGUUCGCCUCCCUCACGCCAUCGUUCCAACCUUUCGCCAAUCCAAGAGCUGUUUCACAGCCCGGUGGUCGCCCCCAUAAUAGAGAGCAGGAAAGUGGGUUUUCCAGCGGCUUCAAGGCCCGUUUUGAGGAUGGAACUGAGGCCAAGAUGGCGGCGGAUCGGCAGAUAGCGGUGACAAACGGCGAUGGCUGCGGUGGCGGCAGCGGCCGGAAAUAUGGUAUGAAGUUAGGUUGCGAGGCAGUGAGGUACGCUCCGAAUGCUUAUUUGAUCCUGUCCAACCGGUUGGGACCAGCUCAAGAGCUUCUUCAGUUUGUGGGAGGCUUGAGUGGAGUGGUUAUCGACAUGCAUUACUACAACCUUUGUGAUCCAAAGUUUAAGCAGUGGAAUCUACGGCAGAACAUUGACUACAUCUAUAACAAUAGAGCUUCAGCUCUAAGCAAAUUAACCACAGCAAGCGGCCCCUUGUGCUUUGUUGGGGAAUGGACUUUGGCAUUGGACUUCAACGGGGCAACAAAGGAGGAUUCGGGGAGAUUUGCCAAGGCUUAG